UGGCAGACUAGUGCCACGCAUCUCCGACAAUAACUUUUAUCCUCCAUAAUAAUUACCAGUCAAAUCUUCAUUUACGAUCCCCUGAAUGCCACCUCUUCUCAUCCAGACCUGACACCGGCCAAAAACUAAUAGAAUUUUCAAUAGAAAUCCAAUAUAAUUUCCAGUCGAAUGCGAUUCGAGUGGUCCUCCCCACUCUCGUCCACCCAAACCCCAGCAAUCCCCACCCGUACAUGUGCGUCGCAACCCAAUGGAGCAAAAUCUGUCAAAAGUGUCCGUGUAACCCCAAAUAACCGAAAAAGCCCAUCUCCACCCGUAAAUCCUCGAGAUCGCGAAGCCCUCCCCCGGGUAAUGCCCCCGAGUGGCUCCUGCGCCCCCGAAGGAUCCCCCUAACCCCCGAAAAAUGGUCCUGAACGAGGGUCCGGAUGCGGAGAGCAUCGGCUGCGGCUUCAACGCCUUCGAGGAGAUCGAGGAAGUGAAGAAGCUCGUCGACACCCUGAACUCCCGGUCGGCGUCAGCGGUGACGAUCGAGUCCAACCGAGACCGCUUCAAGUUCAUCCUGUCGCUCUACCAGGAGCAGCCGCACCUCCUGGACCCCUUCCUGGACGACAUCCUGAGGCCGAUGCUGGAGCUCGUGAAGAACGACGAGGUCCCCGAGCCCACGAAACACAACACCUUCAAGUACAUGUUCCUCCUGAUGAACGUCAAGGGCUACAAGAAGAUAGUGACGUACCUCCCCCACGAGGUGAUGGACCUCCUGCCAGUGCUGCGACUCCUGGAGAAGCAGGACCCGAGGGACCUGGAGACCUGGGAGACUCGCUACGUCCUCCUCAUCUGGCUGUCGAUCAUCUCGAAGAUCCCCUUUCCCCUGUCGCGCCUGGAGACCUCGGAGAAUGUCGAGCCCUCCCGGACGAUCCUGGGGAGGAUCUUGAACCUCUGCAAGCAGUACUGCGUGGUCUCGGGCGCCUGUCCCAAAGCCGCAGUCUUCCUCAUCUCCAACUUCCUGACCCGGUCCGACGUGAAGAGCCUACACCUCGAGGAGAUGAUCAUGUGGUGUCUGAAGUCCCUGGGGGAGGAGCCGACGACCCACGGGCCCCUGGCCGUUCUCGCCUCAAUCCUCAAGCAUUCGGCACGGGAGGACAUCAAGCCCCACUGCCAGACCAUCUUCGAUAGCAUAACGAGACUGGAGCUCGGGAAAUCGGGCGACCUCGUCUGCCGGUACGAGAUGAAGGUCAUCCAGAGGAUCGGACUGAUCCUGCUGCGGCCGAAAUUGGCGGCCUGGAGGUACAAGAAGACGGGGCAGACGAUCAGUCUCCUUCAGAACUCGAGCAAAAUCCCUGUGGAGGCGGCCAAGGCCACCGUCGAGGAGGUCCCCAAUGACAGCGAUGAGGAGGACGUGCCACCCGUCACCGAGGAGAUAAUCGAGCACCUGAUUCAGGGGCUGAGGGACAAGGUCAUCACCAUCAGGUGGUCGGCAGCUAAGGGAAUAGCCCGGAUAACGUCUCGCCUCCCGGUGGACCUGGGGGACGAAGUCGUCGGCUUCGUCCUGAACCUGUUCUCGGGAAGGGAGCAGGACACCGCGUGGCACGGGGGCUGUCUCGCCCUUGCGGAGUUGGGGCGGAGGGGUCUCCUCCUGCCGCACCGUCUGCCGGACGUUAUCCCAGUGGUGCUGAGGGCCCUCGUGUUCGACGAGCCGCGGGCGUACGGAUCGAUCGGUCGCAUCAUCCGGGACGCCGCGUGCUACGUCUGCUGGUCCUUCGCCCGGGCCUUCGAGCCCCACGUCUUUCAGCCCCACGUCCAGCAGAUAGCCUCUACCCUCCUCAUCGUCACCUGCUUCGACAGGGAGAUCAACUGCCGGAGGGCUGGCUCCGCUGCAUUCCAGGAGAAUGUCGGACGCCAGGGGAACUUUCCCUAUGGCAUCGACAUCCUGACAGUCGCCGACUACUUCGAGGUCGGCGUCAGGAGCAAUGCCUACCUCAAGAUAAGCGUUCACAUCGCCCAGUACAAGGAGUACACAGUCCCCAUUAUCGAUCACUUGGUCCAGAGGAAGAUCGGCCACUGGGACACGGCCAUCAGGGAGCUGUCGGCCAAGGCCCUGGGGAAUUUGACCUUCAGGGACGUCUACUACAUGGUGGAGACUGUCCUGCCGACCCUCAUCGAUAACCUGGGGUCAGUCGACUUGAACGUUCGUCACGGCUCGAUCCUCGCCAUCGCCGAGAUCCUGGAGGCCCUCCACCAGCACUUCAACGAGAGCAUUGAAACGAUCAUCGGAGUCCCUGAGGUCGAGGAGAUCAAGAAGAUCGUCGGCACGUUCAGGGCGAGGGGGCAGUUCAGGGGACUUGGGGGCGAGCUGAUGAAGCAGGCCUGUGCGACGUUAAUCAACAAGUGUUCACAGGUGCAUUUUCCGGUUCAUGGGAGUGAGGUCGUCGGGGACUGGCAGAGGCUCCUGGAGGAGUGCCUCUGCCACGAGGUCGCUGGGGUCAGGCUCAAGUCCGCUGAGGCGCACACUCAUCUGUUCAGGGAGUACUACUCAGACGACGAGCGGAGGGAGGACAGGGAUGCCGUCGUCAGGCGGUACUUGGAGAAUCUCAGGUCCAGCCAUCAGACCGUGAGGAUUGGGUUCGCUGAGGCCCUCGGCUACUGCCCGACGUUCCUCCUCAAGGAGAGGUUCGAGGACAUUGUGUCCUCGCUCAUUCUCUGCUCGAGGAUCACGGAGGAGACGUCCAAGUGGGCCGAGAGCAGGAAGAAGGCCCUGCAGUCGUUGACGAUGGCCAUGCAGACGUUGGGGGUCAGGGAAGUCGACAUCUGGAGGGCGUUCGUUCCUCAGAUGUUCGGGUGCUAUCUUCUGGCGCUGAAGGAGUACACGAUUGACAGCCGCGGGGACAUCGGGGCCUGGGUCAGGGAGGCGGCCAUGUCCGGGCUUCAUGUCCUGACCAAUCUUGUGGCACAGGCCGAGGCUAACGUCUCGGAGAUAUUGAACGAAGAGAUGAUGACGGAGAUCGUCGGGGGGAUCGCCCAGCAGGCGGUGGAGAGGAUCGACAGGACGAGGGUCCAAGCUGGAAUGGUCUUCUGUGGCCUCCUCUACCGAGAGCCCAGACUGCCCAACAUUCCUCACCACCAGGAGCUGAGGGAGAUCUUCCCCAACGACGAGUGCAGGGACGACAUCGACUGGAAGACCGAGUCGCACACGUUCCCCAGGUUCAUCAGGAUGCUGGGAUUCCCGGAGUACGUGGAGCACCUCCUCAGGGGCAUCAUCUUCAGCGUCGGGGGCCUCAGCGAGAGUCUUGUCAAGUACUCCAGCGUCUCGUUGUUCACGUAUUUGAAUGGGCUGGAUGGGAACAGGCUCGAGGAACUCGUGGGGAGGAUCCUGGAUAUUUUUGAGGAGAGCCACAGGCAGGAGAGGAUGGUCACAGCCAUUCUCGCGUUUUUGGAUAGACUCCUGAGCUCUGGGUGUGUUCAGGUCGUUUUGGAUGACCCGGAGAGCCCGCUGCCCGAGAGGAUGCUGGGACUCCUGAAGAGGGAGCUCAAGUGCAUGAGCAAUGUCAAACAUAUUACUGCCAGCAUCAAGGUGUUCUCGCAGUUGCUGCAGGUCAGAGGAUCUGUAGGCAAGCAGGCAUUCACUCAACUGAGUAUUCUCCUCUGCAACAAGUUCCAGUGCAUCAGAAAAGUGACAGCAACUCGAAUAUACGAAGCCUUCACUCUCUACGGGGAGGACAUGGACCUCCCCGAGGAGAAUCUAUCGAACAUCCUGACCGAGCUCAAUGAAACCGACUGGGAACAGCCUGUGGAGACGACCAGACCUAAGCGAAAUCAUCUCUGCGAACUCAUGGGCGUUCCCAUUCCAGUUAUCAGGAAGAGGGCGACCUGAGGGUGACGAUUUCAUUAAAAAAUUAUGUAUUUUAGGAAUACAGUGCGGCUGAGGAAUUUUGUAAUUAAUUUCUAUCUCUUAUCAUUAAACGAACACACUUU